AUGAGUGAACACAAGGCCCGAAGAAAUUCAUUCUUCUUCUUCUCAAGUAGCAGCAAGAAUGAACCCAAGCGAGGAAUACAAGUUGGUUCUCUGAAACCCUUGGACAAAUAUCCCCUCAAGCAUUCGCAACCAAAACCGCAUUCUGAAACUGAGACGAUCAUUCAGAAACCUCUUGUGAGUUCAGGCACGCGGAGUGACAAGAAAGGGGAGACUGAUAGACAACCUUCCAUACCUUCAAGUGGUUACCGGCCUGCCAGAUCUUCGAAAAUGCCCUUAGAUGCCGAGAAUCAGCUCUCGAACAUGAGAAGACCGCCUCCGCCUCCUGUGGAUCUCAAGAACACCGAACCACAAUCUAAUAAAGGCACUAACACCGCAGAGGGCAAAGCUGCAAAAACCUUAAGAUCAGAAGAACCGUAUAAUGAAGACGAUAUAAGCUAUCAAGGUCACAAAAGGAACAAGUCGGAACUGGACCAAUUGAUGGAUGAGCUUGAUCAUUUCGAGGCACAAAGGCGUCGCAACAUGGAGGACGACAACUCCUUUGAAGCAGAUGCUAUAAACCACGAUAUCCAAACACGUAACUACGCAGCCAGUGACUUAGAUACUGAUCUUGAGAGCCCUAUAAUUGAUGUUAAAUCCUUAAAACUUACCGACUCUCGGCCACAUAGCAUAAGAUCCACAAGGUCAGACCAUUCACUUAUGCAACCUAAUGAAACCAAUAAACCUCAUCUUGAGUCUUCUGGUGACGACCAGUUUUCAUUUGCAGACUCACAAGCAGAGUCAGUGAGAGAAGUUGAUUAUGUCCCAUUUGUUAACGACGAAAGUGAAGAGCAAAUGUACCCUUCUUUUGGUUAUUCGCAAGACAGCCAGUCAUCAGAUGCAGCCAGGUCCCAGCGGGUACGAGAUUACUAUCGUAAGCUGAGUGAAAAGAAAACGCAAUCGUCGUUUGACGACGACCACUCCAUAGGUGAAAAACCAAGGCAAUUGAGGGUCGUCAAUGACCACAAGCCCAACUUUCUUAUGCACGAUGAGAGCAGUAAUACUGAAGAAGAGAGUAUUUGCUAUAGCGCAGAGGAAAUUUCACCACUGCCUCUAAAGGAUGCUUCCACAGCGCCCGCUGCGGUGCCCGCAUCAACUGCUUUUUCGGAUCCAGCGAUUGGAACCUUUGAAGCCAAGCUCAGUCCGAAUGAAAGCCGACCCGCUUCGACACCUAGAUCAAAUUCAGGGGACGACAUAAAUCUUGGUUCCGCAGAGAGUGCGAGUUCUACUCCCACUCGUACUCAUAACGACAAUUCAGCUGCUUUUAACUCUGGAACGCCAACUCGUACAGGCACCGAGAAAUCGGUGAGGCUAGUGUCUAGCUAUGUCGAGGAAUUGCGUCUCAAAUACUUCCCAACCUCUAACACACUCCAGCCACCUCCAGAUUUACCAUUCUCCCUUAAGACCAAAAACAAUCUAGAGCAGCCUCAAAAUAUUAAAGUGAGAAUAAGAACUAGCUCCAGGCAGAUUGGUAUUAAGCAUGGAAAAGCAAAGCAGAAGUUAUUAUCUCUUGAAACUGCUAAGGAGGAGGAUAGUUCUGUCCAUGGCGGUCUGCUCGCAGAUGAUGAUCAACAAAUUUCUACAAAAGUGGACCACACUCGGGAGUUUCGGAACUUACUCGGAAAGAACAAUGGCGAGCCAAAUCAGCAAGGCCAUGUUGGCGCCAGCUCCGAAAGCGACGACGAGGAAUUAUAUCUACAAAACAUUCCUGGUGAUGAGGCUUACGACAGCGAUGAUGUAAUGGCCCCGCUGCGCGAAAAGCGAGGUCAUUCUGGCAUUACGUUUGACGAGGAUGCGCAAGCGACCGGGCUGAACAGUGGCAAUAAUGGGCGUGUCGGUCGAAGCGAUACUGUAACUAGCUACUUCACAAGGAAGACUAACCGGCGAAGAACAGGGACACUUGAUAUGGACUAUAAUUAUAUUCCUCCCAUCAAAAACCCUUCAGAAACUGAGGGGGCCCUUUCGCGACAAUACGCUGAACACAAUUCUGAUGACGGCUCCUCCGAUGAUGCGCUCUCCGUUCAAACCAGCAACUCAGCAUAUUACAAGCACGUUUACAACGGAGGUCUGCACAUAACCAAUAAAGAUCCAGAACUUGAUUGA